AUUGACAUGUACUUGUAUGAUCUGGAACGUCGCGCAACGCAUGAAGGGAAUACGAAGUUGAUUUUGCCGACUUUAUUCCAGGCUGUUGAUCUGAAAAAUGAUGUACGUAACGCGUAUGUGGCUAACGAAAACUUAAUUCAACAUGCUUGGGAACGUACCGCUUCAUAUCUACCUGAUGAUUUGACUCAGAUUAGCACGGUGUACGUUCCUGCAUAUGAUUUUCAAAAUGAAUCCUGUGAGCAUUGGUUUUUGUUGGUCGUCAAAAUACAUGAUAAAGAGGUGUGGAUUAUGGAUUCUAUUGGUGUUUCGAGUUCACGAUUCACUCUCGCAUUAGAUUUGGUCAGUAAGAAAUAAAAUUUGCCUUGUUUACAUUUUUCUGGAGUUGUUUAGAACAAUUGAAAUUGUUUCUUUAGUGAGUACCAGGGUGUUAGAGCUCGCAGCGGAAAUUUGGCUU